AUGAGGGCCUUCCAUCACGAAGUUGUUCGUCUCUAUAGUCUCUUCUGUGCACGUAAUCCUCACUUUACAGAACGUGGUGGCAAAGUUUCUAUUAUGGCGCACUCUCUUGGUGCUGUAGUGGCCUUUGAUGUUCUCACAACAUCCACACCCAUGUACUCAGAUAUGGCCUAUAUUUGCAUGUUGCAAGAUGUACCGGAGCUACCCAGUACCGCCUCAUUUCCUGAAAUAAAAAAUCUCUUUUGCCUCGGCUCUCCUCUGGGUGUUUUCCUCGCUUUACGUGGUGUUAAGCCGACAGAUGAAGAAGUGUCACUGGAUAAAUCCCAGGCGCAAAAUGAAGUGGAAGCUCCUGAUUCUGAUAUUGAUGAAGAUUCAGACGCCAAAAAUACCGAGUGUCUGAAGAGUUGUUUAAAAUUUAGGGAUGAAUCCCAUCUGCAGAGCAGCAGGACGAACUUCCGACUGUUUAAUAUAUUUCACCCCCGUGAUCCAGUUGCAUAUCGUUUAGAACCGCUCAUCUUAAGGCAUUACACUAAUAUUCAGCCAGCCGUUAUUGGCAAUCCCAAGCUCCUCAAAGUUCCUGAUCUGCCCAAGAGUCCUCCUUUGCAGGCAAGAACGAACUCAUCUUCUUCGGUUCCAAAAUCUCUCGGUCUCGCACUGAAUGCCCUGGCAAAUUACCUGAAGAAAAGUCACCCUCCAGGAAUCGCGAGCCUCUUCGACACAUGGGAAGAGCCGGCAGACGGAAUGAAAAUGAUGCCGUCUCCUUCCGAGCGUCAUCUCCGCGCACGCAUCGACUUCCAGCUUGAAGCUGAAGAACUAACUGUACAGAACCUACUUAUGCACGUGUUUACAUCGCAUGGUGGCUACUGGACGAACGAGGCACUGUGUCUUUUCCUUCUAUCACAGAUCUUUGGUGAAGCCCCGAAAUUCACAUCUCCCUAG